AUGGCGUCCCCGAGAAGGCAAGUGCAGCUUGGUGGGAUGAUCGACUCGCAACGUCGUGAAGACCACGAGCAGCUUCGAAGACCACGAGCAGCUUCGAAGACCACGAGCAGCUUCGAGGACCACGAGCUGCUUCGAAGACCACGAGCCGCUUCGAACGGAGAUCGACUGGCAACCGAGUGGCAACGUCAAGGAGACCACGAGCAGCUUCGAAGAUUAAGUGCAGCUUCGGACGAAGAGCGAGUGGCAACGACACGGAGGCAAAGAGCAGCUUCGGAGAGGGACCGACUAACGAAUGACCAAGACAACGGCUAUCGCUCGAAGGACGACAACGGAUCCAGAUCAGAUAUGAUGGCACGCAGCAGUAGCACAGCGACGAUCAAGCGGAUGGGUGGCUCAUGGCAACGAGCACCAGCAGCUCGUUACCAUCGAGGACGAUGCAGCAGCUACGACAUGGACGACCAAGACAGCAAGUACGACAACUUCAACUUCAACGAGAUCUUCAAGGGGUACACAUAG